CAGGAUAGAGAACCAGGGAAGUAACCGGUGUUGAUGUACACAAAUUCCACUCACUCGAGCAGAAGCCGGAUUCUGAAUUUAUACGUCAAGUUUAAGGCUAAUUUUGUGUUAAUUUGCAUCCUAGUAUCUGAAGAUGACUGACAAAAAGGGAGAUCUUGCCCUUAUUGGCCUGGCAGUGAUGGGUCAGAACCUCAUUCUCAAUAUGAACGACCAUAAAUUUACAGUUGUUGCUUUUAAUAGAACUGUUUCUAAAGUUGAACAGUUUCUACAGAAUGAAGCUAAAGGGACAGACGUUAUUGGAGCAAAGUCAUUGGAGGAUAUGGUAGCCAAACUGAAGAAACCACGCAGAGUUAUGCUCCUUGUUAAGGCUGGUCAAGCAGUCGAUGAUUUCAUUGAAAAAUUGUUACCACACCUAGAGAAAGGAGAUAUAAUCAUUGAUGGUGGAAAUUCAGAGUACAGAGAUACCAACAGACGGUGUAAAGAACUAGCUGCCAAGGGGUUGUUGUAUGUUGGUAGUGGAGUAAGUGGUGGAGAGGAUGGGGCUAGAUAUGGUCCCUCACUGAUGCCUGGGGGCUCCAGUGAAGCUUGGCCACAUAUCAAGGAUAUAUUUCAGUCUAUAUCUGCCAAGUCCGAUGGGGAACCAUGCUGUGAUUGGGUAGGCCCAGAGGGAGCAGGACAUUUUGUGAAGAUGGUUCACAAUGGUAUAGAGUAUGGGGAUAUGCAGUUGAUCUGUGAGUCAUACCACGUGAUGAAGGACGUACUAGGCAUGUCUCAAGAAGAGAUGGCUCAGGUAUUUGAUGACUGGAAUAAAAGUGAGUUGGAUUCAUUCCUGAUUGAAAUCACCCGUGACAUCAUGAAGUUUAAGGACUCAGAUGGGAAGUACCUCCUUGAAAAAAUCCGUGACACUGCUGGUCAGAAAGGGACAGGGAAAUGGACAGCAAUAGCCUCACUAGAGUAUGGUGUUCCAGUUACAUUGAUUGGUGAAGCAGUAUUUUCCAGAUGUCUCUCGGCAUUACAAGCAGAAAGGGUCAAUGCUAGUUCACAGCUGAAAGGACCAGAUACACCAGCAUUUAAAGGGGACAAGAAAGUUUUCAUUGACAAUAUUAAACAAGCCUUAUAUGCAUCAAAGAUUGUGUCAUAUGCCCAAGGAUUUAUGUUAAUGAGAGAAACUGCGAAGGAAUUAGGCUGGAAACUUAACUUUGGUGGCAUAGCUUUGAUGUGGAGAGGAGGCUGUAUAAUCAGAAGUCGAUUUUUGGGAAACAUCAAACAAGCGUUUGACAAGAACCCAGAACUAAGCAAUUUGUUAUUGGAUGACUUUUUCAAGUCAGAGAUACAGAAAUGUCAGGCGGCCUGGAGGAAUGUAGUGUCUACAGCAGUUUUGUAUGGAAUACCAACCCCAGCAUUCAGCACUGCCCUAGCCUUCUUUGAUGGUUACAGAUCUGCUAGACUACCUGCAAAUCUUCUUCAGGCACAAAGAGACUAUUUUGGUGCCCAUACAUACGAGUUACUGGAUAAACCUGGUACAUUUAUUCACACAAACUGGACCGGACAUGGCGGAAAUGUAUCAUCUACAACAUACCAGGCUUAAUCUAACUACAAAACAGCUUAGUACGUCAAACAUGACACUUGUCAAAAGUUCAAUAUUAUGCUAGAUUUUGUUACAGUCAUUGAAUGUACAGCAAUAUCUGCCCCAAGUGGAAAAACUCAUUUUACAUAUUUUGGUUGUUUGCAUGCUAUGCCAAAACAAAAGAACGUUACUAGAAGUGAGUAAGGUUAUUUAACAUUGUUCUGUACAUUACAGAGAUACAGUUAGUAGAGUACCCAGCUGAAAAGUUGUAUUUCUGUAUUGUACAAAUGAGUGUUCAGUAAUAUAAUAUUUUGUGCUAUAUUAUUUUUUUUCUGUUUGAAAAAGGAAAAACUCAGAUUUUUAUUAAUUUGAAGGAAAAAUUGAAAUCUUGUUAGAAGGUUAGACCUGGUAUUAUACUGUAUCUAAAUAACAGUACAGUAAUCUGUGAUAAAACGUGGCAUAUCUCUCGUGUAUUUUCAAAAUUUGAUGUUUGCUUCCCUUUAUUUCUGUAAAAUUUCAAUGAGAGCUUGUGAAGUAAUAUACAUUAAUUGGCUUGACUUAUUUAAGCUAUUAUCAUUGAAACAUGGUUAAAGGUUUUGUCAGUGUCUUGGUUAGUACAUUGAAUUGUUUAUUUGUUAGUGUAUGCAUUGUUAUUAAUAUGUUGAGCAGAGUUUCAUAUAUUGUAUAAAUUAAUUUUAUGCAGUUCAUAAAUAAUACCAAUAUCAUGUAACAAUUAAUGUCAACCUGGUUAUCCAGGAAAAUAUUAUCAGUUUGUGAUAUUUAUAAUUUAUAGUGAUGUUCUCAUGCCGUGGUCUCAAUGCGAAACUAGUCUAUGUAUAUAUAGAAAUAGAAGCAGAUAGACUAGUUUCGCGUUGAGGCCACGAAUUGCAUAAUAUGCUCUGCAUAGUGUUGGUAAUCACUUGAAAUCUCACAUUGAUGAAGGGGCAAAAAAUAGCUUGAUUAUUGAUAAAUGAUGGUUGUACCACUAUUUAACAAACGUCCAAUUGGUUACAUGUAGUAUACCAGUAUUGGGCAACAGAAUAGCUCGGGCAUUUCACUGAUUUUAAACCAACUGCUAACCGUUUCAAAAAUUUGUUGACAAGGAAUUGUUUGAUGAUGCUUUUGUCCUGUGCCAUUUAUUUUCAGUUUGUAAAAGCAGUGAUUAAUCCGGACGUCCCUAGCACUACAAUGAAACAAAACAGUACAUAUAUACAUCAUAAUAUAUAUAUAUAUAUAUAUAUAUAUAUAUAUGUAAAAGUUUGACCCGGAUCAAGUAUAUUAUAAAGAAAAAGUAAACAACAUUACAUGAGUAACAUUAUAUUUGCCUACCGGUUUCGUUUAUACUCAUCAGGGCAAAUAAUAAAAUAUAUAUAAAUAUAUAUAUAUACUGUAACAGAUGUUGUUGAAAUUCUCUGCCAUGUAUUUCUUCACAUGUUCACAGUAAAAACAUGUUAUAUGAACUCGUUUACUAUUACUGCAUUGAAUUAUUUACAAUAUGAAGAUGUGAUGACUUUAUAUUAAAUUUUGCAAAUUGGUGCAGCUUGUGUAUCUCAGAAGUGAUGUCUGUUUUAGUGCUAUAACAUUUUUUUAUCAUCUAUUGUUAAUGUUUUUAAGUACCAGCGAAAGAGUUUUUCACUGGUAUGUUUAAAAAUUUAAUCAUGGAAUGCCAUUAUUAUUUAAGAAUUAAUUGUUUGUAUUGUUAGUACAAUUAGACAGAUAUAAACCACAUUGCGACUUCUUGCAAAUCCAUGAAUUACUUGCAUGAUUUUCAAGUCUCAUAACGCCCAUCUAAACACACAAAAAAUAGCAUAUGAUCGUCCUAUUUUCAUUUUUAAAAGUACUAGCUUGCUGUAAAAAUAAGUUGUUUUCUUUCUAAGAGUAUUAGAAAAUGAAACUAAAUGUCAUAAUACAGUUACAUGGAACAGCCAAAAAGACCCUCCCUUAUUAUAUUGCAAUUGUCUUUCAGUAAAAAUACAGUUCAUGAUUUUCAUUCAGAAUAUCCUUGAAUCCAGAAAAACUUUACUAGUCUUUACUAGUUCAGAUCUUAAUACGAUUAGAAAAUGAGUUUUAGCUAUAAGUUUCUUUUUGAAAUUUUGGUGGCCAAUUUUGAAAUAUUUCUUUAAUGUUUUUAUGCAUGACGUCGUGUUUUUUUCUUUCUAUGAAACACAUAUUGUGAAUGCAAACAUUUGUUUUUACUAGAGUCACUUGAGUAACGAUCAAAACAAUCACACAUGUUGCUUGUGUCAGUACAUUCAUCGCUUAUGCACUCGGGUCACUAAUUGGUUUCAUAUUAAAUGUAUAUGUAAGCCAUAUACUUAGUCAGUGCAUUCAUUAAAAACUUGAAUCUACUUAAUCAUGUUAUUUCACUGAUGUCUUCAAUUGGAAUAAACUGUCUGUUUCCCUUUUGAUUCUGUCUUGUUGUUAACCAAUAUUUACAAAUAUUUUAUAAAGUUUUAUGUAUAUUUAUAUAAUCAUAUUAUAUAAUUCUUUCAAGUACUACUGGAUAAAUUAUACAUGUAGAGACAUUGUAGACUGACUGUAUGUAUGUAAGGGAUGAUGUUAUAUUGGCUUCUUUGCUUGGUUUCAUAAAUAUAUUGUGUACAUGAUCAGUGGUGAAACAGUCAGAGUGUGUGUUCUUUUGUUUCUGUAUACAAGGUAAUGUUCAUGCUCUGCCUCACUUAUUAUUCUGCCUUUUUUUGUGUUUCAAACUUGUAAUUUUUUGUUAGUAGCUAUAGAUGUUUGUUUGUUAGCGGUCAUGCUUUCUGAUGAAAUCCUCCCUUUAUGUUAAGAUGUUUUUGCUGUGAACUUAUUGGCUUAGGAAAUGUUGUAAUCCCUGAAAACGUACAAAAGAUAUUACAUGUAUUUUGAGGUGAGUUUAACCAUCAUAUAGAGGGCUUCACAGAUGAAUAUUUUGAAAUUGAAGUAUUGAUGAUUUUUUUACAAAUAUUUGAUACCAAUUUUUAUUUCUUUUGUUAUUUCUUGAUGUGAAGUACUCGUUUUGUAAAUGAGGAUAUUAGUUUUAUCUCCACAAGUACCUGAACUAUUUCUAAUUUUUCCAUUAAGAAAAUAGAUAUACUUUUGUAACCACAAGAAGGAUUGUAUUUUUACAUUAAAAUGUGUGUUGUACAAGA